UUCGGGAUGGCUGUCCGACUGCCGGAAAGCAAAAGCGGGAAAACAAUCGUGCUCACCCAGCAACGCUGUCGGGGGAAACUAGGUUACGUGUCUCCGGAGUCCUACUACGAGCAGCCCAUCAACGGACAAUCCACAGACGUUUGGUCUCUGGGAGUGAUUCUAUACAUAUUCCUGACCGGGCACCCUCUCUACCGUUACCCGUGGGAUCCGGCCUUCAAGGCGUUGGCGGCGGGGGAAGCUCGGCAAGUGCUUGCGCAUUAUCGGGAGGAAAUGAAGCUCCGCUUGCCUGAAACGGCGGAGGACUUAAUUUGUGCGAUGUUGCAUCCCGAUCCUAAAAAAAGGCCGACUCUGUCGGAGUUGCGGGGGGCACCUUGGGUCAGGGAGGUCCAGGAGAGGACGCG